UUUCGUUGCCAGUUUCCAACUGUAGGGUUGGGUUUUCUUUCUCUCUUUCAUGAUGAAUUGUUGUUCGUCCCCACCGCAAAAGAAACCUAAAAUCAAUGAAGAGACAAGUUCCAGUGCUGAAACCACGAUUUUCCCUGUUGAUGAAGAUGAUGAUUUUGAUGAUGAUACAUCCAGUCCAAUAACACCUGAUACUUACGAUUCUGAGGAAGAUUAUUGUCCAGAUUACCCUAACGGGAAAAUGGAUAAAGCUCUUUGGGACAAGUACUACAAACAGGUUGAGGAGAGCGAGGGAUUUGAUAUCGAAGAUUUUCCUGGACGGUGUUGGAUGACGACUGUCUUCCCCCUGCCAUACUACUUGGAUUGUCCAAAGAAUGUGAACAAGUUGAAGGAUUAUGCUGGACGGGCACUUAAGCUAUACAAUGAUAGUAAUGGCACCAGCUAUGUGGUUGAUGAGAUUUUGAAGGUCAAUGGAGGUGGUUGCCGUGCUUUUAUUUUCUAUAUUACCUUUUCUGUCAAAAACGGCGUGGACAACAUUUUUCAAGCAAAGGUGUCGGAAGAUAUAGGUUAUCAUUUGGAGUUUCCUAUCGUCAGGCCAAAGCGUAAGGUUGUUGUGGGGUAAAAGCUGCUGUCAGAACCGUUAGUUUUGUGUUUCUUUUAAUGUUCUUAGCGUGUUUGUGUUAAAGCAAGUUAUUUGACUGCAUUUUGAAAUUGACAGUGUAUCGAACAUUUCCAAAUGCAUUAUUUUCUAUAUACUCUAACCAAGAAUGGGAUAGGUGACGAUGUUAAGGAGAA